AUGACGGCCCUGGAUCGCUCUCCCUCCACAAAGAGCCUGACGGAGACGCCACCCGGCGUUGUCUCUGCCCCCUCGAGUUCGCCCGACAGCGACGGCGAGGACGCGCGUGUGCGAGCCCUGCCGAGUCGACGAGGGACGCCCCGAAGGAUCGCGGCCUCCCCCCACUCCAGCAAUGGAGCGGCGCGGGAGCGCUUCAGCUGCCCCUCUGUCGCGGUAGUGUCCCUUGAGCAGCACUACCUCACCACAGUGCAGCAGUUAGAGAGGAUUAAAAGUAUGUAUUGCCGCCUCGACUCGCACAACGACGAGCUGGAGAGCUCCUUCGUUGUGCUUCGCGACCGCUUGGACGCUCUUCGUUCGUUUCUGGCUCUUCGUCUCAGCACGACUGCGAAGGAGCUGCGAGCUGAGGUGCGUCUGUUGCGGGAAACGGCCUCGUUUCAGCUUGGGGAGUUUGCGGAAAACAUGCGACGGUACGGGAAGCGUAUCUUGGCUCGCGUUGGGCAGGCUGGCGAGGGGGCGGAGCUGCAGUCGCUGCCGCUUGCGACGUUUGGUCGCGUGCGCUCGCGUCAGACGCAGUCGCCGUCGUCGUCUGACACGUACGUGGCUGCGGCUGAGCAGCCCCUCAUCUGCCCCCCUGCGUCCCAUGUGCACGACGGCGUGUCUGCCGCCAAUGCGGUUCGCCUCAGGGGAAACCCGCGUGUGUCGCGGUCGCGGGAGGCGCUUGUGCGCAGCCCUCGUCCUUCCCUCACACACUCGCCCAGCAGCCGCGGCGAGGCGGCGGAGCUUUGGGAGGCACUCAGUGAGGCUGUGCAGAAGCGCGAGGACCUUGAAGAUAAAAUGCUCCGACAGCAAGAGAGCUACGAAAAACACAUUCGCAGCAUGCGGGAGUUGUACGCGCAGAAGGAGCGCACCUUGCAGCGGCGUGUAGAACUGCUCGAACGGGCUUUGAGGCGCGACGUAUCAGGCAGCGGUUUCCGCGACGACAGUCGCAGAAGGAACGAGGGCGGCGCGGAGGACGACCGCAGUGCGGACGACGGCGUGGGCGGGUCGCCGCAUUCCUCUGGGCCGCGCUGUAGGGAUUCGUUUGCCGGGCAAAGCGGCGCCGUGGGUCCGUGGACGAGGACCAGUAGCGCGCCGAAGCGCGGGUCGCGCCGAGCCCGUUCGUCGUCGUUGGGGACGCGAGGCCCCGUGGCGGACCCCGACGCACGCGCCGAGGAGCUGUGCGGCAAAGUUGGCGGCGGGGAGCCUGGCGGGUGGGGUGCCGCCUUAGACGACGCCCCGCAUCGCAGUCGCCGCAGCGACAAGGAGCAGCGCCGGCGUUCCUCGGCGUUGAGUGCCGAGGCGGCGGCGGCGGCAGGGGAGCCGUGGACGCUGGGGCGCGACGUGGAGCGCCGUGUGCGGUCGCAGUGGCUCUCACGCAGCCGCCGCGGCCCCUUCGACGGGGCGUACUACAGGCACUCCGCUCCAACCUCGCGGCGCGAGGAGGAAGCACUGGCGGGCGCCGCCUCCCGCCUGUUGGAUGCCGUGACGGAUGCGUACACAACAAGCGACAACCCGCAGCAGCGGCGAGAGGGGCGUUGGGGCGCGGCGGGUGGCGCGCUUGACGAGGAUGUGGUGAGUCGGCUGUACUACGUGCCGCGAUCCCCGCCCAGGCGUCCUGACACGUACACUCAUCUUUCCCCCGUGCCCAAGAGCGGCGUGGCGUCUCGCCCGGACCGGGUAUCCGACGUCUCCAGAGUGGCGCGUGGGCUGUGGGCGGAAAAGCUGCUUCGGGAAAGAGCCACCCGGCAGCCACGCUGA